UGUGAAUCUUGUCCUUCACUUCUACGGUUAAGAUGUAGUCAUGUCUAAACAAAUAAACCUAAGACUCUACUAAAAAUAUUAUCCUCUUUAUUACUAUAUGUUAAUUGAUUAGUUGUAGUUAUGGGACAAGCUUUGGGUUGUAUUCAAGUGGAUCAAUCCACAGUUGCUAUACAAGAAAAUUUUGGCAAGUAUGAUGAUGUUCUUGGUCCUGGUUUUCACUUCAUGCCUUGGUGUUUUGGAAGUCAAUUAGCUGGUUAUCUUUCACUAAGAGUGCAACAACUUGACAUUACAUGUGAAUCCAAGACUAAGGAUAAUGUUUUUGUGACUUUGGUUGCUUCAAUCCAAUACAGAGCCUUGGCAGACAAGGCAGCUGAUGCUUUCUACAAACUAAGCAACAUAAAGGAGCAGAUUCAAGCAUAUGUCUUUGAUGUUAUUAGGGCAACUGUGCCAACAUUGGAACUGGAUAAAGUUUUUAAACAGAAAACUGAGAUAGCCAAAACAGUAGGGAAGCGACUCGAAAAGGCAAUGUCUCUUUAUGGAUAUGAGAUAGUUCAGACUCUUAUUGUAGAUGUUGAACCAGAUGAUCAAGUGAAAAGUUCAAUGAAUGAGAUAAAUGCAGCUUCAAGAUUGAGAGAAGCUGCAUCUGCGAAGGCUGAAGGAGAGAAGAUUCUGCAGAUAAAGCAAGCAGAAGGAGAAGCAGAAUCAAAGUAUUUAGCAGGGCUAGGAAUUGCUCGUCAACGACAAGCUAUCGUAGAAGGGCUUAAAGAAAGUGUGAUUGGCUUCUCUACAAGUGUUCCAGGGGCAUCAACCAAGGAUGUCAUGGACAUGAUUUUGAUCACCCAAUACUUUGAUACAAUGAAGGAGAUUAGUGUCUCCUCUAAUUCAUCUGCUGUUUUCAUUCUUCAUGAGCCAGAGGAUGUGACUGCUGAGCAGAGGUAAAAAAACAGUUUGCUUCAAGGGAACAUAUUUAGGCUAUGAUGCUGACAUUAUGGUGUCUUUUGUACAUAUAUACUUGGAAGGUCAGAAAGUCUUCGAGUGCCUUGAAAUUUCUAUAAGAGAGAAUCACUAAGCAGAGAGAAAGAGAGAUUUUCCGAAUCAUCUUAUACAUGUAUUAUGUUAGUGAAAGUGGGAGAGAUAGCUGUGCGAUUCGAAGUGUUCAUUGAUACUUUGUAAUAGUAAUUUCAAGGAGGGUAUGGAGGAUAGAUGAACUGAGAAAUAUUGAAUAAAGUCUUUCGCAGUAAAACUCGCGUCCUUAAAAGGGAAUAAGAAAGAAGAAAGGCCAAAA